UCCCCAAUGAAGGAAAAAACAACUUCAAUAAAAGUUAUGGAAUCCAGCACCAGCUCCCCACUUUACUGAUGCUUGGUUGCAGGUGCUUCAAGUCACAUCAGAAUUACUAAAACUAGCAUUACCAAGCAGGAAGAGCCAUUCCUGAGUAGAUUAUGCUCGAAGAAUACAUCAAAGUACAAGAUGCUUCCAGACUCCCAACAUCUUUAUUCAGUUAAACAUCAGUAGAAUGCAAAGGAAUAACAAUGUACCAUGCAGCGUACAGGUUCAAAAUAUGGUAAGAGGACUAGUUCUUAUGUGGCGCUUUUCUACUCGAGCACUCAAACUGCUCAGGAAAACCACCAGUUUUCUUCUGUCAUAGGUAAUCCCAAUUGACCUGCGAUAGAUCUGUAUGUCUAUUGUCAAGAUAUAAUAGCUAACCAGUGGAGUUUGACAGUCUCAUUAACGAACUUAUUAAUCAUUGACCAGCUGAGUGCACAGAUGCACAUACCUUUGUCAGGUUUAGAGGAAGGAAAAACAAAUGCUUCAGUCAGAGGAUUCAUGCAUAUGAAUAACUGUAAAAUAAACGUUGUGUGAUCAUUGUCUGGGAGAUUGGAAUCAACAUGUCUACCAGUUUUACAACAGGGCUCUGCAUGGACAAGCACCGGCAUACAUCAGUGAUCUUUUACAUCCAUACAUCCCCAGCAGGUCCCUGAGGUCAUGUGAUCAGGGCUUGCUGGUUGAUCAUCACACGAGGCUGAAAAUGAAAGAUGGCAGCCCCCUGCCCACCACUGCAGCUCCCAGGACAGCUCUCACUGUGGGUGCUGCUGACAUUGCUAUUGUUGUUGUCUACUUUAUAAUUGUCAUGGUGGUUGGAAUCUGGUCAUCAAUGCGUGUCAAUCGCAGCACUGUUGGGGGGUACUUCUUGGCUGGUCGUUCAGUGACUUGGUGGCCUAUUGGAGCCUCUCUGAUGUCCAGUAAUGUUGGCAGUGGUUUAUUUAUUGGUCUAGCAGGGACAGGAGCAGCUGGAGGGAUUGCUGUUGGGGGAUUUGAAUGGAACGCAGCAUGGGUUCUGGUAGCUCUGGGUUGGAUAUUUAUCCCCGUUUACAUCGCUGCUGAAGUGGUAACAAUGCCUGAAUACCUGGCCAAACGCUUUGGAGGCCAGAGGAUACGCAUAUACAUGUCUGUUCUCUCACUUAUUCUCUACAUUUUCACCAAAAUAUCAACAGAUAUUUUUUCCGGGGCAUUGUUUAUCCAGGUGUCAUUUGGUUGGAAUCUGUAUCUGUCUACAGUCAUACUGUUGCUGGUGACUGCUGUCUACACUGUGGCAGGUGGUUUGGCAGCUGUGAUCUACACUGAUGCUCUCCAGACUUUGAUCAUGGUUGGGGGAGCUUUUGCCUUAAUGUUCAUAGCAUUCUCCAAGGUGGGCUGGUAUGAGGGCCUUGUGGAUCGUUACAUGUCAAGUAUUCCCAAUGUGACUGUUCCCAACACCACCUGCCACUUACCCCGUAGUGAUGCCUUCCACAUGUUCAGAGACCCUGUAACAGGGGAUUUACCCUGGCCAGGUCUACUGUUUGGGCUCACCGUACUGGCUACAUGGGUCUGGUGCACAGAUCAGGUUAUAGUCCAAAGGUCUCUGUCAGCCAAAUCUUUGUCUCAUGCUAAAGCAGGCAGCGUGUUGGGUGGCUAUCUCAAACUGCUCCCUAUGUUCUUCGUUGUGAUGCCAGGAAUGAUAAGUCAAGCACUAUUCCCAAAUGAGGUUGGUUGCGUGGACCCAGAUAUCUGUCAAAGUGUGUGUGGUGCUUCAGUUGGUUGCUCUAACAUUGCUUACCCUAAACUAGUAAUAGAGCUAAUGCCUGUGGGACUUCGUGGUCUGAUGCUGGCAGUGAUGUUAGCUGCUCUUAUGUCAUCCCUGACUUCCAUUUUUAAUAGCAGCUCUACUCUGUUUACACUGGACCUCUACCACAAAGCCAGGCCUAAAGCUUCUGAGUUGGAACUUAUGAUAGUUGGAAGGGUGUUCAUCCUUGUCUUGGUGUGUCUUAGCCUGCUGUGGAUUCCUGUUGUCCAGACAGCCAAUAGUGGACAGCUGUUUGACUAUAUUCAGUCAGUGACCAGCUUUUUAGCACCUCCCAUUACUGCUGUAUUCCUAAUGGCUAUCUUUUGGCCACGAGCCAACGAGCAGGGUGCAUUCUGGGGUCUGAUGGCUGGACUAGUGAUAGGACUGAUCCGAAUGGUUCUGGAGUUCUCCUAUUUACCUCCUUCCUGUGGUCAGCCUGAUCGUCGGCCUGCAGUCCUAGCUGAUGUCCACUACUUAUACUUUGCUCUUAUCCUGUUGGCUCUCACGUGCCUCAUCAUUGUUGCUGUAAGCCUGGCCACUGCCCCAAUACCUAAAGAACAUCUGCAUAGGCUGACCUGGUGGUCCAGACAUAGUCUUGAACCACGGAUGGAUCUCUCAAGUCUUCAGAUCACCUCUGACCAAGUGGACUCUAACCUCAGCUCUGAGUCUGAGCAAUUGCAAGAAUCCACUUGGAAGAAAAUUGUUCUGUGGCUUUGUGGUUUGGCUAGUUCACGCUCCGAGUCGGCUGCUCCAGUGACUCAAAACAGUGAAAGAAACUUCCUCCAGGAGAAGUCACUCUGGAGAAUAGUCUGCGAUGUUAAUGCCCUGCUACUGCUGGUUGUUAACGUGUUUCUCUGGGGAUACUUUGCUUAAUGUGGAUGUGUCAUGAAAUCUUGAACAUGUUGUUUUUCUUACUUCUUACUCUUCUUAAUAACUUUACUUUUCUAAACUAUUGAGGAAAGAAGAAGUGGGACAGAAAAGGGAUUCUCAGAUAUGAAACAAUGAACUAAUUAUUCUCUAUUGAUUCAUAUAGUGCUCAAGGUUGCUCUCAAGUAAUAUUAUCUAUAAUUACAUGAUCUACUAUACAAUUCUCUGUUCAUUAAAUGGGAAAUUACUUUUGUCUGUCAGGUUGUUACUUUUGUCGCCAACUCAUUCUAUUGUAAGUUACCACUGGAUAAACAUGAAUAUCAUCUGAAUUUUUUAUGUCAAUUAAUUACUGGGAAGGAGAUUAAAGUAGAGGAUCUACUCAACAACAGAA